AUGAAUCGAGUCAUUGUAACACUUGAUCAAGCACAUAGGGAAGGUACAUCUAAUGCGUUGCUCGAAUCGCCUACCGGUACUGGAAAAUCGCUGUUGCUACUUUGCUCGGCUCUAGCUUGGCAACAGAAUUUCAAGUCGAAGAAUUUGUAUAGCAAUUUUACUCAUUCUAAGGCUGAUCCGAAAGCCCUAGCUGAUCCUAUUGGUCAUGGUGGUGGAUUUAUUCCUGAAACGCAGCCUUCAGGAACUAUGAAGAAAGGCUGUGAGAAACAAGUUGCAGAUGCUACAAAAGGCGCCUCAGAUGAAGGAAAGAACGAGAGUACUAUGAGAUUGUCAUGGGCUCUUGUUCAUUCUAAACAACCUGAUGAUGUUCAACGAGGGAUGGCUAUGCUUGAGGCUUCACUUGCCAACUCAAGUAGUCCGUUACAGCAGCGAGAAAAACUUUGUCUUUUAGCUGUUGGAUAUUACAGAAGUGGGGAAUAUUCGAAGAGCAGAAAGCUUACCGAUCAAUGUUUGGAGGUUUGGUCCUAAUCUUUUUACUGUUAU